AUGAACAGUGCGAACAUAAAAGACGUCAGAGAUUAUUUCUCCGUAAGGCUAAGUCUCUUCACGGUUUUUAAAGGUGGUCAUGGGAGUGAUGUCCAAGGGAGGAGGCGGCGUCGUCAUAGGCAGAAGGACCGCGCCGUCGCCCCCGGGGAGGCUGCCUCCUCCCCCCCGGGGGAAGAAGCCAACGACAGCGCCGCGAACACCGCUAACCAAGGUAACCAAGCUAACCAGGAUAACCAGGCUAACCAGGAUAACCAGGCUAACCAAGCUAACCACGCUAACUGCGCUGACUGCGCUAACAGGGCGAGUGGCCCGAAGGGGGGGGACAAAACGGCGUUGCUGCGCAAAAUGAAGAGGCUGGAAAAAUUCAAGUACCUCCAGAGGAAGAGGAAAAAGAAGCACCUGAGCAUGCCAGCGGAUGGCAAGGAAAGAGUUCACUCAGGAAGGGGGGACUCAAAAAGGAGAGUGCCCCCCAUGCAGUCGAAAGGACCUACCGCCAAAGUACGGGCAGGUUUAACAAGCGGUAUAAGCGGUGUGAGUGGUGUAAGCGGCGUGAGCGGUGUGAGCGGUGUGAGUGGUGUAAGCGGUGUGAGCGGUGUGUGCGGUGUGAGCGGUGUAGACUCCAAGUCGAGUCGCAAUAGAAGGACAAAACCGCGAAAUGGGAAGUAUGCGCACGAGGAAAAAAUCCAGAGUGACGAAUUUGAAGCCAUUUGCUAUCUUCUUAUAGACAAGGAGUUUUAUAGCCACCCGGUCAGUGUCACCUGUGGAGGCUUCGGCAGGAGGGAAAGCCACCGUGCUAGGCAGCUUAGUAACAAAGGUGUGAGCCAUUUGGGGAAGGACUUCAGGAAAUCCACAGGAGUGAAAAAGGACGAGUGGAAAAAUUAUGAUGAAAGAAUCGCCGAGGAUCUGGCGCAUAUGUUAUGUACGCCCGACAGGGACAGUUCCGCGGCAGGGAGGAGAGAGGCAGGGAAGAGAGAGGCAGGGAAGAGAGAGGCAGCGAGGAGAGAGGCAGGGGAAGGCGACCAAUUCUGUGAAAAUCCCUUGGGGGGUAAUAAUCCGUCCAGUGGAGGAGACCCCCCCACAGGUACCACCGCUAAGUGUGACAUUAGCCAUGAUGACCACUCUGAUGACUCCUCGGAGGAGAAACACUUCACAACGAUGCCCAGAAACAGAAAAGCCAAAUCGAUACGAAGGAAUCUACACACAAUUAAUCGAACCCUGAAUUACCCUAUUAGGCAUUCCCAGCUGAGUCCAAACAGCUACUUAUUUUUUCUCAUCCAACAUAGGAAAAAAAAAGAGCAGAAAUUUUACACCUACUGCAGAGUGUUUUCCCCCAGUGGUGUCAUUAAACAGGGACUUCAAAUUAAAAAGCUGUAUCAUCUCAGGAGGAAGGAAAAAGUGGAGGAUGUUAUUACCUCUGCAUUGAGGAAUAAAAUUGCUCACAUGGAUGAUAACAGUUAUAGGAGGGGUACAUCCUACCAGGGGAUCGUUUCCUUUUUGCAAGAAAAUUGCGUUUAUCGCGAUUUGUUGUGUUUGUACAGUCGCUCUCGAAGGGGAAGUGCUCACAGAAGAGGGCAGUGCCAAACGACACGACCAUUUGGUAUGCCCCAUAAGAGGAGGAAACCCUCCCCGCCGCCAUGGAAGUGAAUGGAGGGAAAAACCCCGGAGAAGGAAAAAAAGCGAAAUGAUAUAUUCGACCAUAUGAACAGGUACGCAAGUCGAAUCAGCCAAAACAUCCACCUAGCGAACAGAAGCAGAUACGAUGAUUACCCAUUUGAUUUCUCUCUCCAUAAAGGAGAAGGAGGAUUGCAUAACACAGUAGAUGCAUCUCCAGCCAUGCAAGAAAUAAAAACAAUAAACACAAUUCUGAACACCCCAGUGAUUAAGCUAAAUGAAGAAGAGAAAAAGUGCCUCUGGAAAUUCCGCUUUCAGCUAGUAAACAGAGAAGGAGUUUUGGGGAAAUUCCUCAAAAAUGUCAAUUGGGAUAAUCAAAAAGAGAAGGAUGAAGCAACUGAGUUGCUAAACUGUUGGUCUAAACCAUCUUUGGAAAACUGCCUUGAGUUAUUAAAUAGCCAUUUACAACGAACAGUAAUUAAGAAGUAUCUAAUGCAAAUAAUUGGUCAGGCGAAAAAAGAUCAGCUGAAAUUGUAUCUAUUCCAACUAGUUCAGAGUCUCCGAAUUUUCAAUCAUGAACCAAUUGAUGAUCUAUUUAUGAACACCUUAAUUAAUAAAUGCAUCACUUCGAAGAAGCUUUCCAUUUUUCUCCACUGGUUUUUGUUAAGUGAGACAAAGGAUGAAUGCAAAGGGAAUCUGUUUAUUCAUAUUCAUAAGCUAUUUAUUACCAAGUUAAUGACAUCCAAUUUGAGAAAAAAGAGAAGAAUUUUAUCGAUUUUGAAAAAUCAGAAUAGAUUUAGGAACCAGUUACUUUAUCUUACUAAAAUUGCGAAAAGGAAAUCUGAACGGAUUCAUAACAAAACGAAGAAGUUGAGGCAGUUCCUAUUUUGCUAUCGCCAGAAUUACGGAUGCGUUGUCAUUAAAGACUUCAUAAAGAAUAACAUUUUCGUGUCGGACAACGAGGUCUACGACUUUGUCUCUCCCCGGGGGGCGCGCCAGGGAGCUGCCUCGGGAGAAGUGGAAGCGGAGGCAGGGGCAGGGGCAGAGGCAAAGGCAGGGGCAGACGACCUUGCGGCGGAACACGUGGGCCAGAAAGACGCCCCAGACGCCGCCACCCCUGACCACGCCACCCCUGACGACGACGCCGACUCAGUGCACCACCAGAGCGACGUGCGCAACUCCGUGUACUACCUAAACGGAGAGCUGAGCAUCCGCGCGGACCCGGGGGCAGACGCCUACUGCUUUCAGUACGAACCCCGGGGUGCGCACACCUCUCAGGGGACUCUGUCCGCCUCCCACAGGGCAACCUCGGAGAUCAGCACGGAGGACAGCAAAACUGUCAACUACAUAGACGACUCCAAGGGGGCCCCUAUCGAGAGAAACAGAGAUACUUCCUUUUUCUCCAACCUCCUACAGCUAAAUGAAAACUUCGAUUUCUUCCUGAGCGCGACGUACAGCGAUGAGGAUAACAACAUCGACAUCCUGGAUGACUCGAUAAGUCUCGUAAGGAAGCAGAAGAUAAAAAGAAUCAGAGCUCCGUUAAUUCUACCCAUUGAUCCAGACAUCGAAUUUUUGAGUUUCCUACCUGAACAGUCAUACGUGUUGCGAUCGUCUCUGUACCCAAUUGUAAUAGCUUGCCUGGUCAGAAAAAAAAUUAAAUUGGCACAUGAGCAUUUCCACAAUUUGAUAAUUAAUGAUCAAAAAUAUUUGAAAAAAAAUUUUUUAAAAUCUCUUUAUAGCUCCUUCGACUGUGCAUCUGAUUUUGAGCGUCACUACAGAAAAGUGAAGUGGGAAGGGAGGAACAUUUUUUAUAAUGGCAGGAAGGUGGAGAAAGCCGCUCCCCCUCCAAACGUAGGAGUGGUGAUCCACCACGAGUCGGAAGGUAACCCACACAGUAAACAGCGCGUAAAAAAAUACAACGAAAUAUACGAACUCUCCAUUAAGAAAUAUAUUUACAAAGCAGGAGAUGAUUUGAGACAAGACCAGCUGGUCAUACAAAUAAUAUGCAUCAUUGAUAACAUAUGGAAACGGUAUGGACUAGAUUUGAAGUUAACUCUUUACAAAGUGCUUGCCCUCUCCACAGAUGAUGGAUUUAUCGAGUUUGUGAACUAUGCAGAAUCUAUAUCUUCUAUUAAAAAGAAUUAUAAAGGAGAAAUUAGACAAUACUUCAUGGAGAUGGGUACCGAUCCCAAGUCUCCCCUCGGAUUUGAUGUCACCAUUUUGGAAAAUUUCAUCUCCAGCUGUGCAGGAUAUAGUGUCAUCACUUACUUACUUGGCAUAGGAGAUCGACAUUUAGAUAACCUCAUGGUUUCACGAGAUGGUUGUUUUUUCCACAUUGACUUUGGGUACAUAUUUGGAGAAGACCCCAAGCCGUUUUCUCCCCCCAUGAAAUUAUGCAAAGAAAUGAUCGAGGCCAUGGGUGGAGCUCAUAGUGUAGGCUAUGAACAGUUUUUGAAGAAGUGCUGUCUGGCGUAUAAGUACCUGCGCUAUCACUCCAAGUUAAUCAUUAGCCUGCUGGACUGCAUGUGCGAGUCUGGAUUGAAGGACAUGAGAAUGAGCCCCGAGUUGUGCGUGCUCAAGGUUCAGGAAAAGUUCAGACUGGAUUUAAACGACGAGGCUGCGGAGGUUUACUUCUUGAGUGUCAUCAACGCCUCCGUCAAGACGCUCUUCCCCGUCGUGGUGGACAAGCUGCACGAGUGGGCCCUCAACUGGAAGUGA